AUGCAAUUUAUGUUCCCUCUGUUGACCUUGGCCGCCUUGGCCCUUCCACUGGCCUCAGCCCAUCCCAUGAGCGAGAACAAACCACGGGCACUCCCCCCAAGUAUUGAUCCCUUCUACAGGCCGCCGUCUGGCUUCGAGUCAAAGGCACCUGGCUCCAUUCUUCGUCAGCGGAGGAUUGCGGCAGCCUUCUUUGGGUUUAUCCCCCAGCCUAUUGAGGCGUACCAACUACUCUACCGUACCAAUGCUAUUGACGGCUCGCCAAUUGCAACCGUUACCACCAUCUUCAAGCCUUUACAUGCGAAGAAGGACAGCUUUGUCUCGCUGCAAACCGCCUACGAUAGCACAGCCUCUAUCUGUAACCCAAGCUACAACUAUCAGCUCGGCGCAUUACAGACAGACAUCAUCUCCUCCUUGGAGCAGAUUAUUAUGCAGGCCUACUUACUCUCAGGGUACAUUGUUGCUGCAGCCGACUACGAAGGCCCAGACGCAGCCUUUCUUCCCGGCCACCUCGAGGGCAUGGGCGUCCUGGAUGGUAUGCGUGCCGUUGUCAACUUUAGGGCAAAACUUGGGCUUUCUGACAACCCCAAGAUCGUCGGCACAGGCUACUCUGGCGGCGCUGUAGCUACAGGCUGGGCAGCCGGUCUUCAAUCCUCCUAUGCCCCGGACCUGAAUGUCAAGGGGUGGGUUGCUGGAGGUACUCCUGCAAAUCUUACCGCUACUUUUAUGAACCUUGACGGUACAAUAUUUAGCGGCUUCCUGCCUGCCGGCCUGGCCGGGUUUCUGAAGCCCAGUGCCUACGGAGCUCAACUACAACCUGUUUUCGACGAAAUUUUAACACCCAAGGGCAAGAGAAUAAUAGAUAUUUCCAAUAAGCAGUGCAUUGUUGGUAACCUCCUUGCAUUUCCUCAGACAUCAAUCUUGUCAGCAGAGUUUCAAACCCUAGGCCCCGGACUAUUCGAACACCCAGUCGUCUCUGAUAUCAUGGGAAAACAAGUCAUGGGUGUGUACAAGAACGAGACGCCUGUUGCACCAGUAUUCCUUUAUCACGCCCCCGACGAUGAGAUUGUGCCCUAUCAUGACGCGGGGAUACUCGUGGAUAGAUGGUGUGGCUACGGUGCUAGUGUAGACUUUCUGACUGUCGCUGCCGGCGGACACUUUACCACCGAGAUUCUUGGUGUUCCCGACGCCGUGAGAUUCACUGCCAACGCUUUCGACGGGAAACUUGCGGCUGGCUGCUCGACCAGAACCUCGUACAAUGACACGCUGAACCCCAUCGCUCUCGGGGUUCAAUUGGAGCCCGUCUUGGCGUCUUUGCUCCAAAUGCUAGCAAACCUUGGCAAGAAAGACGCAAGUAUCAAGCAAGAUCUUACUAAACUUGGUCGUCGUAGUUGA